AUGGUUGAUGGGAAUGCUGCGCAGUGGGAUGCGUUUCGGUCACAAAAGCGGUCGGCCGUCUACACGCCACCGUUUGCACCAUGGAUGAUCACAGCCCUACAACUCGCCAAAUUCUCCAUUUUCGUCGCUCUUCACUCAAUCAUGUUAUUUGGAGCGGCUAUUUCAAAGGGAAUCAUCAUUUUCUUGGCGACCAACUUGAGUAAACCUUCGCACAGUCCAUUGGAGACAAAGUUUAGCAAGGAAUGCCCACGAGCAGUGAAUCGCGAUGAUAACCUACAUGCCGGUGUACACAUUUCACUUUUGUUGGUACACAUAGUUCCUGAUGUGGUUUCAAUAGUACAAUGCUUUUAUCGUUUAACUACAAUUGGAAGGGGUCAAGGUGGAAUUAAUAUCCCGGUGAUAUUUCUUGAGACGUGCCGUACCAUGGGUUUCUUAUUGAUGUUCUUCCAUGUUUUUCCGCAAUUGGACAUGCUGAGGGCGUUAUUAAUCACUUCGUGUCUACCGAUUAUCCCAAUUGCUCAAAAACUGCUUAUGGACGUGUCACGUACCAUGAAAGACGAGCAUUCGUUAAUGAAACGAUUUGGAAUGACUUUGGCUACUUUUCCCUCAUUUAUCGUCUUCCUUGUGUUGACGGCUGGAUGUUAUUUAUGGACCGUGCUCGAUACUCAAUUUGAUCGAUACAUUAUUUUGCCGUUGGCGAUAAUGCUUGCAUCACUUGGAUUUUGGGAAUCGUGGGUUGGAGUGGGCCAUGCGGGAACAUUCUUUCAUCAUCUUCAUCAGAUGAAGUAUGGUAUUCGAAAAAUGAACGCACCUACUCGAUUGUUGACUUCGACUAUCCGCAUCUUUAUUACGCUAACGGUUUUUGUAGUGACUGCUGCUAAUGGGAAGGUGACGAUGAAAGGAAUGACCGGCGUGUUGUUCCAUUGGAGAUCCACCGAGAAACAUUGGCCUCUACUCAUAGUCGCGCUUUGUUUAUGUGUGCUUCAUAUCAUUUUACGGAUAUCUUCUCGCCUGCUAGCUGGAUUGGAGCUUCGUGUCUUGUCGGGCUUUCAUCCAAUCUUCCUCACCUCUCCACUUCUGCUUACGGCACUCGUGAUACAUUGUCAUAUUUCGCCAGACUGUUGGAUUGCUAGCAAAGUUGCAGCGGUCGGACUCACCUUCCGAUGCUCCCAGUGGAUUGCAGCUCCAAUACCUUUCAACGACAUUUACUUGGCUCUGAUGUGGUUGCUGAUCUCAAUGUACAAGGGAUAUCAGUUUGCGAGUCAGCCCAACUUUGAUAAACACGACGAAAUUAUUCGUGCAACUCCGGUGGUUAUGAAUCCUUUUGCAUCGAACAAAGUCUUCUGGUGUUUGAGUUUGCAAUCAGUCGUGAUGAAUCGAAGUUAC